GCUCCCGACUUCCUUAUGCCUUGGGCGUGUGUGGGAGCAGAUGAGGGGUUCUUUGGGGUCCCCAUCUGGGGGCCAGCUCCUGCUGACAAGUCCUUCAGGCUCUCUGGGCCUUAAUUCCCACUCCUGUAAAAUGGGGAUAAUGACACCUCCCUCAGGAGUCGGUGAUCCUUGUAAACUGAGUGGUGAUUACUGUGGGUGAAGGCACUUUGCAAAGCCGUAAUUGAAGCUCAGCCGUCGGAUGCAACUGUUGUUGUUGUUGUCACUGCUCCGUCUGAACCGGGUGGCCGGCUCGGGAAGUCCCCCUCCCUCCUCCCCGCGGUGGAAACCUCGCACCGCCCGCAUCAGGGGCGCCACUCCCUGCGCCAACUCGGGAGCACUCGAGAUAAGUGAGGGAGCCUCCGCCCUGGCAGGAUGACUGCCCCGGCGCAGAAGGGACAGGGGCCCCUAUGAGGGUGACCAUAGGACUCGCGGAGCCUCGCGCCUGGCAGACGGCGAGCCAGGCCUCCCUCCCUGACAUGGAGAGUAACCUGUCUGGCCUGGUGCCUGCUGCUGGGCUGGUGCCUGCGCUGCCGCCCGCCGUGACCCUGGGGCUGACUGCGGCCUACACCACUCUGUAUGCCCUGCUCUUCUUCUCCGUCUAUGCCCAGCUCUGGCUGGUGCUCCUGUAUGGGCACAAGCGUCUCAGCUAUCAGACGGUGUUCCUGGCACUCUGUCUGCUCUGGGCUGCCUUGCGUACCACCCUCUUCUCCUUCUACUUUCGAGAUACACCCCGAGCCAACCGUCUGGGGCCACUGCCCUUCUGGCUUCUCUACUGCUGUCCUGUCUGCCUCCAGUUCUUCACACUGACGCUUAUGAACCUCUACUUUGCCCAGGUGGUGUUCAAGGCCAAGGCAAAGCGUCGGCCAGAGAUGAGCCGAGGCUUGCUGGCCGUCCGAGGGGCCUUCGUGGGGGCCUCGCUGCUCUUUCUGCUGGUGAAUGUGCUGUGUGCGGUGCUGUCCCGCCGGCGCCGGGCACAGCCCUGGGCCCUCCUGCUGGUGCGUGUCCUGGUGAGCGACUCCCUGUUUGUUAUCUGCGCACUCUCUCUUGCCGCCUGCCUCUGCCUUGUCGCCCGGCGGGCUCCCUCCACCAGCAUCUACCUGGAGGCCAAGGGGACCAGUGUGUGCCAGGCAGCUGCGAUGGGUGGUGCCAUGGUUCUGCUCUAUGCCAGCCGGGCCUGCUACAACCUGGCGGCCCUGGCCUUGGCCCCCCGGAGCCGGCUGGACGCCUUCGAUUAUGACUGGUACAACGUCUCUGAUCAGGCGGACCUGGUGAACGACCUGGGGAACAAAGGCUACCUGGUGUUUGGCCUCAUCCUCUUUGUGUGGGAGCUGCUGCCCACCACCCUGCUGGUGGGCUUCUUCCGGGUGCACCGGCCCCCACAGGACCUGAGCACCAGCCGCAUCCUCAACGGGCAGGUCUUUGGCUCCCGUUCCUACUUCUUCGACCGGGCACACUGCGAGGAUGAGGGCUGCUCUUGGGAGCACAGCCGGGGUGAGAGCACCAGCAUGUCAGGCAGCCUAGGCUCCAGCAGCUGGUACGGUGCCAUCGGGCGGGAGCCAGGCUGGUGCGGGGGCAGCCAGACGCGGACCACUCCUCUGCUCUUCUCCCAGGUUCUGGGACCAGGCAGCCACCAUCACAGUCUCUACUCUACCCCACAGACGUGAUUCCCCUUCAUCUCCCCCCAGAACACCCAGACCCCAGUCCCUCCCACCCCAGGCCCCUGUGCCAAGUUCAUCUGCCGCUUCUUGCCCGGGAUCCCGGGGGCUGUGGCUGCCUCUUUCCCAGGCCGGCUCCUUGCUACUCCUGUUGUAGUGAGCUUGCGCUGUCCCCUAGGAUGGGGGGCAUGGCCCUGGCUGCCAGAUGCUCAUAGCACCCUGGCAUGAUCUACCAGCUCUGCUUCUACACCGGAGCCAGCUACCUCUCCUGCGCCUGCCACUCAAUAAACAGUGUCUGUGCCCCGAGUC